AUGAUGGGUAAAGAUGGUAGUAUGAUGAAGGCAUGGGAAGCUACGGUGAAGAAGACACAAGCAGUUGCGAAGAAGCGUGCGAAUAGCAUAUUUGGGACAGCGCAUGUAUCGCAUGGAGAUGAAGAAGAUAACAGAGAUGAAACAGAAGUAUACAUGGCGGAAAGGGUUCUACCGAAUGGAGAUUACUAUAAGGGAGAAUGGGCAGAUAGUUUCCCUCAUGGGAAAGGGAAAUAUUUAUGGACAGAUGGGUGUAUAUAUGUUGGAGAAUGGUUCAAAGGAAAAACAAUGGGAAAGGGAAGGUUCACUUGGCCUUCAGGGCCUUGUUAUGAAGGGGAAUUUAAGAGUGGUUAUAUGGAUGGGAUAGGUUCAUAUACUGCUACAAAUGGGGAUGUUUAUAAGGGACAAUGGGUAAUGAAUUUGAAACAUGGUCAUGGUGAGAAAGUUUAUUCAAAUGGAGAUAAGUAUGAGGGGGAAUGGAGAAGAGGUUUGCAAGAUGGGCAAGGUAAAUAUGCAUGGAAAGAUGAGAAGUAUUACAUUGGUGAAUGGAGAAAUGGGAGUAUUUGGGGUAAAGGUUCAUUUGUUUGGAGUAAUGGGAAUAGGUAUGAUGGUUAUUGGGAAGAUGGUUUACCUAAAGGGAGUGGAACAUUCAAAUGGAAUGAUGGAAGUUUUUAUGUAGGUAAUUGGAGUAAAGAUCCAAGAGAUCAAAGUGGAACAUAUUAUCCAUUUGAUGGGUCAACAGAGGGUCAUCUUGAUUGGGAUCCACAACAAGUUUAUAAUGAGUUGAGUGAAUAUCAAAUAAGUCCUGGCGAGAAGGUUUCGGUUUUGCCAUCGCAAAAGCGACUCGCAGUGUGGAGGUCUACAAAAGGAGGAGGUGGCGGUGGUGGAGGGGAUGGUUCUAGUACUAAGCCAAGAAGAAUGUCAGUGGAUGCUAGGGUAAGUGUAGGGCUUGAAAAGCCAAGUGAUAGAAUGCAUUUAUGGGGUUGUGAUGGGGAAGGUACAAAUAAUAAUAAUAGUAAUAGUAGUAGUAAUAUUAAUGGUAGUGGAACUCCAAAUAAAGAUGAUAAUGACUUGUUAAGUUUACAUAUACAAAGUUCUAACCCAAAACAAACUUUGAAAGCACCUAAGAAAUCAAAAAGGCAAGGAGAGACCAUAUGCAAAGGACACAAGAAUUAUGAGCUCAUGCUCAAUUUACAAUUGGGAAUCAGGCAUUCUGUUGGAAGACCUGCCCCCUCAGCAUCUUUUGAUCUUAAGCCUUCAGCUUUUGAUUCCAAAGAGAAAGUGUGGACUAGAUUUCCUCCUGAAGGUUCAAAAUAUACACCUCCACAUCCAUCUAGUGAGUUCAAGUGGAAGGAUUAUUGCCCAGUAGUUUUUAGAACUCUGAGGAGGCUAUUCAAGGUGGAUGCAGCUGAUUACAUGUUAUCUAUAUGUGGAAAUGAUGCCCUAAGAGAACUCUCUUCCCCUGGAAAAAGUGGAAGCUUCUUUUACUUAACCAAUGAUGAUCGUUAUAUGAUUAAGACAAUGAAAAAAGCUGAGGCUAAAGCUCUCUUGAGAAUGCUUCCAGCUUAUUACAACCACUUUCGAGCAUUUGAUAAUGCUCUAGUCACAAAGUUUUAUGGCUUGCAUUGUGUCAAGUUAAAUGGACCUUCUCAGAAGAAGGUUCGAUUUAUCAUAAUGGGAAACCUUUUUUGUUCCGAGUAUACCAUACAUAGACGCUAUGAUUUAAAGGGUUCUUCGCUUGGACGCAUAACAACGAAGCCUGAGUCAGAGAUUACUGAAACCACUAUUCUUAAAGAUCUUGAUUUAAGUUUUAUAUUUCGACUACAAAGAUCUUGGUUUCAAGAAUUUUGCAAGCAAAUUGAUAGGGAUUGUGAGCUUCUUGAACAAGAGGGAAUUAUGGACUAUAGUUUACUUGUUGGAAUUCAUUUCAAAGAUAUCUCAGCAGAAGGAGAUCUUAUUCCUUCAGGAUCUCAUACUCCACAAGGUGACUCGGGGAGUGAAGGAUCGCCAUGUAUUUCACGAGCGGACAUGGAUCAACUUCUUCUAGAGCCUUCUAAGUGGGAUAGUAUAAAACUAGGAGUGAACAUGCCAGCAAGAGUUGAAAGGACAGUAAGAAGAUUAAGUGAUUGUGAAUUGCAACUUGUAGGAGAACCGAUUGGAGAAUAUUAUGAGGUUGUGUUGUUUUUUGGUAUUAUAGACAUACUUCAAGACUACGACAUAAGCAAGAAACUUGAGCAUGCUUAUAAGUCCAUUCAAUAUGAUCCAACCUCAAUAUCAGCUGUUGAUCCAAGACAAUACUCAAGGCGUUUUCGUGACUUCAUAUUCAAAGUUUUUUCACAAGACUCUUGA